CUAAAGUAGAACAGUCUUGCUGUUGGCAGAGUGUGUUAACUGAAAGCAUGUUGGCUACCAAGCUGUCCCGGCCUCUCCUGAGCUUCUCUGUGAAAGCCUUGAAUUUCAAGGAUGGAGGAAGUGGCUUCAGGCCUGUGCAAAGAUUUUGCUUCCCUCUCUUGUCCCCGUGUGCCAGCCGCUCUUAUGCAAGUGAAGUCGAUCAGAUCGGCAGCAGAGCUGUGCUUAUAACAGGUUGUGACUCAGGGUUUGGAUUUGCCUUGGCCAAGCACCUGCAUGCCAAAGGCUUCGUUGUUUACGCUGGCUGCCUGCAAAAGGACAAGGGAGAGGGUGGCUCCAAGGAUCUGGACAACAUGAACAGUGAUCGAAUGAGAACUGUCCAGCUCAACGUCUGUGACAGCAAAGAAGUGGACCGAGCAGUGGAGCAUGUGAACAGCAGCCUGGAGGACCCAGAGAAAGGGCUCUGGGGGCUGGUUAACAAUGCUGGGAUCUCCACAUUUGGGGAAGUAGAGUUCACAAGCAUGGACACCUACAUGGAGGUAGCUGAAGUGAAUCUGUGGGGGACUGUGCGAACCACCAAGGCUUUCCUCCCGCUCAUCCGAAGGUCAAAGGGUCGUGUGGUGAACAUCAGCAGCAUGAUGGGUCGGAUGGGCAGUCCUGCCCGGUCACCAUACUGCAUCACCAAGUUUGGUGUGGAAGCCUUCUCCGACUGCCUGCGGUACGAAAUGCAGCCCCAGGGGGUGAUGGUCAGCAUCGUGGAGCCUGGAAACUUCAUAGCUGCCACCAACCUGUACAGCCCCGAGCGAAUCAAAGCUAUAGCCGACAAAAUGUGGGACGAGCUCCCUGAGAUAGUGCGCAAAGACUACGGCAGGAAGUACUUCGAUGAGCAGGUCAGCAAGAUGGAGACGUACUGCAACAGCGGCUCGACAGACACCUCGCCCGUCAUCGAGAGCGUCGCCCACGCGCUCACCUCCACCACCCCCUACACGCGCUACCACCCCAUGGAUUACUACUGGUGGCUGCGCAUGCAGAUCAUGACCCACAUGCCUGCUGCCAUUUCAGAUCGACUCUAUGUCUAUUGAGGCCUCACACUCCUAGGCUACCCAGGUGGGAAAUUUGUUUUAAAGAGAGCUUUGUACACACUUCCCAUUAGUCAUUUUUAAAUUUCUCUAACCUCAUUUCAGAGUACUGUAUUUUAGUUCUAAAGGGUUCAUUUAAACAUCUGACAUAACCUGAAGGGCAGUAAUUUGCAAGGGAUGCUUCAUAGGCAGGAAUACGUUAUGUUUGUGCAGGGACAUUGAUUCUUUGCUAUUUAUUUCAUGCAAUCAUUUUUUUUUUUCCCCAGCCUCAAGUAUCAACUUAAAAUCAUUAUUUAAACUGCUCUUGCUCUAAAGUGUUUUCAGAAUAAUUUCUGCUGAUGGCUGAACACAUUCUUCACAAUUCCUGCCUAGGAAGCAGCCUUCACACCGUAAAGCAGAGGCCCUCCAUGUAACGGCAAACAGCUGCCUCCCCAUGACAAAGAGUGUCCAACAGACUUUUCCAGGCCUGGUCACAGUAGCCCAGAGCAGAGCAGAAACUUCUUUAAUUUGGGCAUCAGAACUCAAAAUGCUUGAGGUGUUGAAACUGAGCAACUGACCCUCUCCCUUUCUCUUAAAAUUAUAUUGAUGAAACCUUAGAGAAAAGGAAGCAGUCCUCUUUUCCUGCAUGCUU